UGCGCCAGAGCUGCAGGAAUGAAUACGCCUUUGUGCACAUCUGUUUAACUACCUCCACUUCCUACGACUACUGAGAGUGUCUGGAACUGCCUUAUAUAUACCCCAACUAGACCUUCUCUCUUUCGCUACUACCUACCUACCUACCUAGGGAUGAUGGCUGUACCGUUGUCCCUCACGGAACAUCUCAACAGGCUGGUUCCAUUGCAUCUCCUCGUCCCAGCCAUCAUCAUCGUCAUUACCUUAUUGGCAGCCGGCGCUUUGGUGAACAGCUCCGCGAUCAAGGACAUUUACGAGCCGAAAGAAAAGCCCAUCAUUACAGUCGAAGAGCUAUGGCACUAUCCCGUCAAAGGCCUGGGCGGAAUCAAACUCGACAAAGCCACCAUCGGUCGUCAAGGCUUCGAACACGAUCGCACCUUCGUCCUCGUCAAAGUCCACCGCGAUGAGAAAACGGGAGAAGUUGCCGUUCUCGAACCGAUGUACAGUGGAUUCAAUUUGCACAUGGUGCUCUUCCAAUGCAUCAUCGAAGACCGAGAGAAAGGUCCCGAACAUGCUUCAAUCACAAUCACUCGCGUGGGACCCGAGAAUCCCAAUCCGACACAAUUGACCUACACGGGCCAUUCGGAGCAUCAAAUUCGCUUUCCUCUGCAACCAGACAUGAAGACACUGGUCAAGACGAAUAUGGAUAUGCACGGCAGUGCAUGUGAAGUCUUUGACAUGGGCUCCGAGAUUUCCGCCUGGCUUUCCAAAUAUGUCCAGCACGAGACGAAGCUCUUCUACAUUGGCUCGAAUGCUCGAGUGGUGUUGGGAUCAGGAGCCCCCAACAGCCCCGAAGCCAUCGAGAAGCGAUCACCGGCUUCCGCAUUAAUUCGCAAAAUUCUCCCCAAGCCGCUCGUGACUCCCACCGAAACUAUCACGUUUCAAGAUAUUGGGCAAUACCUCGUCGUGACCCGAGAAUCCAACGCCGACAUCUCCUCCCGCCUCGACGGGAGCACGGAAAUGGAUAUUCACAAAUUCCGACCCAACAUCAUUGUCUCGGGCGCACCUGCCGCGUUUGAUGAGGAUUUUUGGUCGCAGCUCGUGUUUCCCCACAAUAUCCACAUGGACUUUGGCGGGACGUGUUGGAGGUGUCAGGCGAUUACUGUCGAUACCAAGACGGGAAAGAAAGCCGAAGGUCCCGAGGGAGAGGUGUGGAAACGCUUGAAUCAGUAUCGGAGAGUGGACAAGGGGUGGAAAUACGGGCCGGUGUUUGGGAAAUAUAGUUAUACCAGCUUGAAGGAUUGUGGAAAGACGAUACAGGUCGGCGAUCAGGCGGUUUUGACGAAGAGGGUUAAGGAACAACCAAUUUUCGAUUGGCCACUCCCCAAGGCAGUUGUCGCUGCCUUUUCGUAAACAGUGUCAGACGAGGUGAAAGUGGACGGGAAUGGUUGGACGCAGAGAGUAUGCGUGCAUUACAAUGGAUCCAGUAGGAGGUAGUGAUUGCGCAAAGUGGUGGCACCAAAUCUCUCCUCCCACAUGCCCCCAGUUUCCCGUCGCCUGUUCUGGGAGUUCUCCCAUACCUGAACAUCAAUGUCCUGACCCUUUGCGAAUAUUUCCCAUGGCUGCAAUCCUCCCUCCUGACCGUCACUCGCAUGCUUUGUGGCGGAAGUGCCACAGAAUUUGAGCUGGCAGUGCAAUUACCAACCUACGCAUCGCUAUCGUUUCCCCCGCCGUCUUCAUCCUCCUCCGCGUCCUCCGGAGUCGUCAUGUCGAGUCCGAGGCGAACACGAACUGGGUGACCAAGAGGCCACUGAAUGUAAGUCAGCCCAGACAUGUCUCUCAGCCAUUCAUGUAUCGUUCUUCCGGUGUAAAGACUGUCGAAAGCAAUCUCACAAAGUUUCUCCGCUUUGGCCUUGUUCGCAGCGUUGGUGCCCUCUGGGACAAAGCGCACUACUGAUGUUCCAUUAUGGAUACCUCGCACACGCCACCGGUAGGGUCCUUGGGAUGGCUGACGAAUCAUAAUCUUCCGGAUUCGACACGAAGGGGACAAGCUUGUGGACAGCUGUGACAGGAACUGUGCCCAGCAGUCUUGAGCUAUGCUAUCUGGUCGAGGGUUGUCCAAACAUAUCCUGUGGAGGCUGAAGGACUGGAGAUCGAACUUUGCCAGAGUGCGCACCAAGUCUGCGGUGGUCACCAUGGUCUUGCCAAGCUCCAAACUGGUCAAGAAAGGGAGAUGGACUGGAGGCGUGGGUGAGUCAGUGAGUGGCGCACUCUUUGCGGCAACAGAAAUGGGACGACCGAGCCAAUCUACGAUACGCCAACCCCUCUGAUGACGAGUCCUCGGACGACGAGGAUGAUCAGCGUGAUUAAUGUAGGGAAGAAAGUUCAGUCGAAGGGACUGCAAUUGCGUUGUGCGAUGCAAGAAUAGGCGGAGGGGUGUGUCUUCGACGUCCACACACGCAAACGAUGGAUUAUCAUCUGUGUCUGAUAUCUCAUCGGUCGGAAUGUCAAGCAUGAGUGUCUUCAGGUCUGCAAGGACUGCACUGAUGGAUGUGUUCCGAGGCAGAAGGAAUGAUUCUGGCUGCAGCUUUGAACUCUUUUUGGUGAAUACUUCGAUAUUGCUAGGCCGGGCAUUGGCCUGAGUCAAGGCUGAGAGGAGCAUCGGGAACAACAGUGCAUGCGGUCUACGAUCCACGACAUAAUUUUCCGAGAACAGCGACCAGCCCCAAGAGCGCCAUUUAGCAUAAGGGCCAUCUCGAAUACGUCCAUAUCCGUCGUAGUCUCUGAGGCCGACGGUUUUCAAAUUUGGUAGGUUUGAAAAGACCUCAGCAAGCAUGUCCCGCGCAAGACCGGUUUGCAACAGCACGUCCCGGUUGACAUAACCAUUCUUGGUCCGGCUGCACCUGAUUUCUGGCGUAAGCGAGAAAUGACUUGAAUCAAUGAGAACUUCGCGCAGUCUUGAAGCUAGGCCCGGGUGUCUGGAGAUGCCGACUAGCGCCUCGAGGCUCUCGUGUUCUAUCAAGAAUUGGCGCUUGGUGAAGAACUCGCGGGCAAAGUCCACGAAGAGCUUCAUCUCGAUUUCCUUACACGAUCGUCGCAGAGCGCCCAAUUCUGGCGUAGUCAGGAAGGAAGCGACUCUGACCAGUAUCUCUGGUGGCAGAUUGGCGAGUUGCCAGUGAGACGGCGGCAGUGGUGUAAUGGAAGCCAUAUGGAUGCGGGAGGCUUGUUUUGCU